UAUUGCUUCAACAUUAGUUGCUAUUCACUCAUUUGAGAUUAUUCUAACAAGACGUUAAUACUUUUUUUUUAUCAUAAUAUAGUAAAUUAGCAUUAAACAAUGGAUGUUAUUCAAAAUAUAAUAUUAACAAUAAAAGCAAAAAAUAGUUCACAUGUUGGCUAUGGUCUUCAGAGUGAGUUUGAAUCUUUGGUAUGUGGUGUUUUACAAAAUAUGGCUAAAUCACCAAUGCCAUUAUUGAAAAUUGAAAAAAAAAAUAAUAUUGAUUCAGUUAAAUACCGAGCAGAUGGUAAUGAAUAUUUUGUUGGUGGUGAUGAUAACAGAGCUAUCGAGUCUUAUACUAAAAGCUUGGCAUAUGCUGAUACAGAUUUAAAUAAAGCAUAUGCUUAUGCAAAUCGUUCAGCAGCUCUUUAUCGUAAAAAAUUAUUUAAAGAAUGUAUAGCUGAUAUUACAAGAGCAAUUGAAUUAAAUUAUCCUUUGGAUAAACGUAAUAAAUUGGAGGAACGUGCUGCUAAAGCAAUUGAAGAAAUCAAUGAUAAUGAUGAAAAUAAAAAUAAAAAUAAAAAUUUAAAUUCAAAAGUAAUGUCAGUGCCUUAUGGAGCCAGCAAUGAAGCACCAGCAAAUAGUGCAGGUGUUAAAAUAUCAUAUUCACAUGAUUAUGGUAGACAUCUUGUUGCAACUUGUAAUUUUAAACCAGGUGAUAUUACGACAAUUGAGCAACCAUACUGUUGGGUCAUUUAUCAAGACAAAUUUUAUACACAUUGUCAUUAUUGUCUUGAACGAUGCUUCAAUUUAAUACCUUGUUCAGAAUGUCCAAUUGCUCAAUAUUGUUCUCCUGAAUGUAAAAAUUUAUCAUGGGAUAUUGGACAUAAUAUUGAAUGUUCAAUUUUAAGUGUAUUGAUUAAUUUAUUAAAUAUGGAUGAAGAUAAAGUACGAAUGGUCAUGAAAAUAACACGUUUACUAUUAACAGUUACAUCAAAUGGUACUAAAAUUAAUGAAUUACGAGAAGAUUUAAAAAUUGCUGAAAAAAAUUCAGAUGUUAGAACAGCUGGUUUUACUGAUAAAUUCAUGCUAGAUAGUAAAAGUCCAAGAUCAGCACUUAGUUUGGCAACAAAUGUUACAACAAGACCUCUUAUUGGAAUAAGUGCAUUUGCUUGUAUAUCAGCAUUAUCAAUUAUGUUAAUUUCAACACAAACAACUUUUUUUGGAAAAAAAUUAAACAUUGAAGAACUUAAAUAUCUUAAUAAAUAUCCAGAUAUUAAAUUUUGUGGAUCUUUACUGCUUAGAGCUUGUGUUAUAACAUCAUCAAAUUGUUUUUCUAUUCAACCAGAACCAGGUAUUAAAUCAGGCUCAGGUUUAUAUGUUGCUCACAGUUUAUACAAUCAUUCAUGUGCUCCAAAUACAUUUAGACAUUUUCAAGGAUUAACGAUGAUUACACGAGCUGUUGAACCAAUUUAUCCAGGUCAACAAAUAUUUACUGGCUAUGGUGCUGAUUAUUCAUAUAUGCCAAAAACACAACGUAAAAAAAAAUUAAUGGAUGAGUAUUUUUUUGAUUGCAAUUGUCCAGGUUGUAUAAAUGAUUGGCCAACUUAUAAUGAUAUAUUAAAAAAUCAUAUUGGUUCAAUAUCAAAUAAUAAAAAUAUUGUACAACAAUUAAAACCAUUUAGAAAAAGAUUAAUUGAUAAUAAAUUUGAUAUUGAAGCUGUCAAGGAAGUUAUUAAUAUUCUUCAUAAUCAAGUUAAAGUUAAACCAUGUGAAGAAAUAUUACAUGCAGUACAUUAUUUGAGAACUUAUUAUUUGGGUAAAUUACAUAGUUAAAAAAACCAAUGCUUAUUUGCUUAUUUAAUAUUUAUUAUUAAACGCUUAAUUUUUGAACAAUCAAUAAUACGAGGUACAUGCCAUCAUACUAUAUUAUAAAUUAAUUAUUAUUAUUUUCAAAUGAUUCAUUGAUUGAUUAAUUUAUUCAUUUAUUUUUAGAUAUUUUCAAAGAGCAUCAUAUAUGCUUCAUUCAAUUUUUGUUCAAUUGUCAUCCCAGUGGUAUUUAUAUCGACAACCAACAAUCAUAUCUUUAUGUAUCCAUUUUCAAAUAAUUUAUACCUUAUUUUUUUGUUGUAAUAAAAAAAAAAAAAAAAAAAAAAAAA